UUUGAGUAUACUACAGCCGUCAACUUAAAAUAAAUUUAAAAAAACUCCUCACCAAGAUAAACUGAGCAAACUCGAAGGUUGUGUUUUGGAACGAUAAAUGUUAAACUCAGUAUAAUGUUCACUGUAGUCUUGAGGAAUUACGGCGUAUUUAGACCAACAUAUACAGUUGGUCCUGGUGAAUUUAGAUUAUUUUUUAAGUUUUAUCCUUUCUUAGUAUACCUUAGCACUGGUUGGGGUGGUCAAAUAUGGGUUAUAUUUAUAGUUAUGCCGAAUUGCUUAGCUGAACAAUGAUUUACUUCAGUUAAAAACAACAUUUUGGAAAGUACUUCGCUAUCGGAAGUGACGUCAUCCACCACUGUCGCUAUAAAUGUUACGGUGCAGUUCAUGGUUUCCCUGGGAGCGUUAUAAACAUUCAAGCUGUUGAGUGGAUAGGCUACUAUGCAAUUAUAUUAGGCAGACAUCUCGAAUACCAGAAAACAUCGUACUUCGUAGUUAUCGAAAUUAAGUUACACCAGAACAAACAGGGCGAUGAGUGCCCAUGUCAGUGAUGUGAAGGUAUUCAUUCGGACCAGACCCACUGCCAAUUUUGCAAAAGACCUUAUUCAGUAUUUACCAGAUGGGCAGACAGUAAACAUUCAUCUGAGGAAAGGCUUUCGGAAGCGGGUUGUGAAUAACCAGCUGUGCUCCUGGUCAUUCCGGAUGGACCGGGUCUUCCAUGAUGUGUCCCAGGAGGAGAUGUAUGCCAGUGUAGCCCGCAGCGUGGUAUUGGGGGCACUGGAUGGUUACAACGGCACGGUCAUGUGUUUUGGCCAAACCGGGGCAGGCAAGACCUACACCAUGACUGGAGCCACUAAGAACUACAAGGAAAGAGGGAUCAUUCCCAGGGCCUUACAAGAGGUGUUCAGGGAGGUGGAGAAGCGCACAAACCACGCCAUCUCUGUGUACCUGUCCUUCUUGGAGAUCUACAAUGAGACACUGGUGGACCUGCUCUCCUCUGUCCCACUUGAGGAGAGCGCAGCACUUGGAGGCAUGUCCAUUGUGGAAGAGGCUGGGGGAGGCGUGUUUGUGCGAGGACUGUCUCUUCACCAGGUUCACAGUGAGGAGGAGGCCCUGAACUUGCUCUUUGAGGGGGAUAUGAACCGGAUCAUAGGAGCUCACACCCUCAAUAGGAACUCUUCUAGAUCUCACUGCAUCCUUUCGAUCCACAUCGAGUCUCGCGCACGGACACUAUCAGAAGCCAAGUUUCUCACCUCCAAGCUGAGCCUGGUGGACUUGGCUGGCUCAGAGAGAUUAGGCAAAAGUGGCUCAGAGGGCCAGUUGCUCAAAGAGGCUACUUAUAUCAACAAGUCUCUGUCCUUCCUGGAGCAGGCCAUCCUGGCUCUAGCAGACCGGCGGCGGGAACACGUGCCUUUCAGGCAGAGCAAGCUAACACAUGCUCUCAAGGACUGUCUGGGGGGAAACUGCAACACAGUGCUGGUGGCAAACAUCUACGGGGAGGCUGGUCAGAUAGAGGAGACGCUGUCCACCCUGCGUUUCGCCGGUAGGAUGAAACGUGUGCAGACGGAGCCGGCCAUCAACGAGCAUGUUGAUCCUGUGAUUCAGGUGAGGAAGCUGCAGAAGGAGGUCGAGCUGCUGAAGCAGGAGCUUUUCAUCCAUGACUCCCUGGCCAAUCGGAUGAGGGUGUCUUAUGACACACUGACUGACAGGCAGGUGGCAGAAAUUCAGCGUCAAGUUCGGCAAUAUCUGGAUGGGACCAGCAACGAGAUUGACAUCAUAAACAUUAGACAGAUCCAAGAGGUGUUCACACAGUUCAGACUCGCUCUGCAGCAGCAGGAGCAGAGGCUGAGAUCCCAGCUGACCGAGAAGCAUAGCCUGGUAGAGAAACCUCAGGCCCCAGCUGCUGAAAGCAGUCCCAGGUCCCAGCGUCGAGGAGAGAAGGGCCCUGUAGGAGAGGCGGAAGCAGUGGGUUUCGGGGGGGCAGAGAGGCACAAGACCAAACCUAAAAAAGCAAAGGAUGUGAGUGUAGGGAGGAAGGAAGGAGCGGUUAGCCCCACCUACAGCAGAGAGGCUGACACCGCAGCACUGGACAGAAGCAAUCCCCUCCUGGUGUCCCAGAGGGAUCUCAACUCGGACGAACAGAACCAGGGAUCCCAGGGGAACCUCCUCAGAACAGAUCCCCUUCCCCCAAAAGCAGAGGCCUUCGAGGACUUCAAAGCGGAGCAUGGCAGUGAGAUUACUUGCAUCCUGAAGGAGAACAAGGCAGUGCUCCGGGACCGCCAGCAACGACUCAGGGAGUUGAGGGAUGGCAUCAACGCGACAAAACGGGAGAUUGACCUCGCCAGUAGCACCCUGCAGCUCCAGCAACAGCGUCACGGAAUAUUUGUGACUGUGGAGGGUCAGCCGGUAAUGGAAGAGGAGGAGCUGACCCUGGUACUGAGGCUGCGGGAGCUGAAGGUGCAGUACCGACAGCAACAUGAAGAACUGGGCAGCACCAGGUCUGAGGUCAACUACUGCCAGCACCUGGUGGACCAGUGCAGGAUCCGCCUGCUCACGGAGUUUGAAAGCUGGUACAACGAGUCCUUCCUGCUUACUGAAGAGGUCCAGGCUGUACUAAGGGCAGGAGGAUCAAUUCCACCAGGACUGAUACCAGUAGAAAAGGCCUUAAAUAUGGAGAAUGACAGGCAGGACCCCUUUGAGCACCUCCGCCGUGAGCUGCUGGCAGACGAACCUGGGGCCCUUCCCUACUACACAGCGCACAACAGGGUGCUGCAGAGGCGAACCUACAGAUGAGGAAUUUGGGAGCCAGAGAAGAAUGUGGCAGCCAGUCUGUGACCUAAAAGGGGUGCCAGCCAAGACACCGCGUGGAAGGAUUUCACAAUUCUCGUAGUCCAACGUGGACAAACACGUAAAUCUGAUUCCAUGUGUAACUGGCACGAUCUUGCGUUGUGUUAAUUGAAUGCACCACAACUCAAGACUCCUAAUUGAGCUGGUUUAUUCUGUGAAAAGAUGAACACUGCAAUCAGAGCACUGUUCGCUUGCGCGGGCAGUUCCAAACUGCGCAAGGAUAGCAAUAUCAAUUACAGUGUAAAUAUGUAACUGUGAAAAGAUGAACACUGCAAUCACAGCACUGUUCUGGAAAUACAAAAACACUCACUUUACCACACACACAUAACUUGGUGGCUGGUGCAUAGCCUGAGGGCCGAGGAUCGCAGAACAGAUAGAAUGGAUAUACAGUCGUUCAACCUCACAAAACUUUGUCCAUAUUUAAACUUGUCCAGGUACACAUACUAUAAUAUAACAAAAUCGUCGAUAAAAAUAAACAAUUUUCUAAAAUGACACAAUUAUGAGCACGACCGACCGCUUGUGUGGGCAGUUCCAAACAGGAAAACGUAAAGUGCAUCAUUUUGGGCCCAAAUAUUUUUAAGUUACCAAACACUAAACCAAAAUGCGCACAGUGGCAAGUGGAAAUAUUUAUUAUCCAUGUUACACCUGCAAGACAACUGCAGAAGGCUUUUCUUGUACCCACUAUUAACUAUAUGAAACAAAAUGCAUAUACUUAAAAUAUCUACUUUUGAAUCCAACAUUAAGGUUUGAAUCCAAACCUUAGUGUUUCUCUGGCCACAUGAGAGAAAAGGGAGAAGAGGAAGAAAUCACACACAGGAUGUUUUAUGUGUCCUUCAUUGGACCUUGAACUGAAAUUUGAUAAACUCUGUUCAUAGCAUACUGUGAAGUUAAAACUGCUGUCUAAUUAUAGUAUAACCUUGGAACUUGAACGGCUCUCAACCAGCUUGUACCUCGACUGAAGUCUUGGAACUUGACCGUCCCUCCUAAAACUUGUAUGGGUCGAGAGUCAUUCACAAAUUUGGACUUCGAAUGUGUCGGUUGAGAAACAUCUAGCUGCAACUCAACCUUAAGAACUUGUAACACAACAAGACAGACCUGCUAAAACGUGUACGGAUAUAGGUGCGUCUCCCCUUCCAAAGAAAACGCGUGGGCGGGCAAUAGGUAGAGCAGGCAGACUGUAGAGCGCGUUGUCAGCCAAAAAAGACCCUGUACUGUACAGCGCUGGCUGACGUAUAUUAUGCUACAGUGCUGUAAUGAACUCAACCAUAUUUUACUUAGUUAUGGAUAUUUGUUAAUUCGAUCAACGCCCAAAUUAACGUCCUGUUCUACACAAAGUAAUGCAGAUGGUAAACAAGGGAAUACCUGUACACACAUACAAUAGCAAUAAACCUGAAGUAAAGGACAGUUUUUGAGCAUUUUACCUGUUUUGAGGUGAGCUGAUGGCAUACUGGAAGGGGCAGGUGAAGAGGAGGAGGGAUAGAGGGGUUACAAAACAGCAGCUGCUAUGUCUGGCAUCACUACAUAGAUUUUAAUUUUCAUGCUAAUUUUUUAGGCCAGGUCCGUUAACUCGAAUGGACGUUAAACGGGGGACACCUGUAUUAGGUUUUAUGUUGAUUGUUCUUUGUCGUUAGGCAGGUAGAUACAUUUACAUAGGCAAUUGUUUGUUUGGUCUGAAAUGGAUUAAAUUCAUUUGCAUUAUUUCUUAUGGGGAAAAUCAACUUGGAACUCAACCAAAUCACAACUCGACCAGCCUUCUGGAAAUAAAUGAAGUUUGUGUUCCAAGAUACCACUGUAUAAACCUGAUUAAUGUUGGUUAAGGCAUCUCUCAUCUAAUUCAAUGGCUCUCAAAUUUUGGUAAGUACCAGGUGGUACCCAAGAAAAGAUCGGUCAUUUCUUUCUGUGAUUCAGGUUACUGUGAUCCCUCCCCAUGUGGUACUUGCCUGCUUUGGUUUCAUCAUAAGUGGUAUUUGGACCAAAAUGUUUGAGAUCCACUGAUCUAAUUGAUAGCUGUACUGCAAUAAACAUCAGUGCAAGAAUCUUA